AUGGAUAGAUUUCUUCACAAAGUUGAAAGUGUAAAUAAUCUCUUUUAAUUAGAUUAGAAACAAGUUUAAGAGCUUCAGCAAAAGCUAUAAGUUAUCAAGCAGAGACAUCAGUUCGCAUAGAAAAGGCUUAAAACAGAAUCGGACCAACAUUAAAAGGCUGAAGAGCUCAAGAAAUAAGAAGAGGAAAAGAAAAAACAGUAAGAAAUGAGAGAAAAGUAUGCUAAGGUUGAUAACUAUGCUGCAUUAUGCAAGAUAGUGAGUCAUCUAUAUAACCCCAAGAAAUUUUCGAAAUGCCUGAACAUGAUUAGCGAACUUAUUAAGGAAUACUAUGACUACUUUGAUGGUAAUACUAUGUUUAACACAUUUGAUGCAAUCAUGAGAUAUGAUAAGAAAUUUGAGUCCAAGGAGGAUCGAGAAAUAAUAGAGCAACUUUACCUAUUUUUAAUAGAGUUAAGCGAUCAUGAUGAGGAUCUAUUUUCUGAAAAUUAGGAGAAAAUACUUGACUUGUAUUAUAUUGCUGUCUACAUUUAAAGUAAUCUCUAUACAGAUGACUCGUUUAAGUUUAACGAAUUCGUUAGAGAGGUAAAUGAGAUGCUUGAAAGUUUAGAGCCCUAUGACGAAAGAUAAGAUUAGUAUAAUGAUUUAUGCUGCUCUUAAACAAUUGUUAAGAAGUUAUUCCAAAUUAAAAAUGAUGAAGAUAAUAAUAAUGAUGAAAAUUAAAGGGAGGAUUAGCUGAGCCUAUAGAAAUGUGUAUAUGAAGAGGUAUUUAUACAAGAGUCUGAGGAGGAUGAUGAGCAAAAUAUAGUGAUUCAAUUUUUAAAUGGUAUUAAAAGAAGAAUGUUUUUCGAUACUUUAAAGUAGAUAUUUGGGUUUCAUAAAUAAGCUUGGGCAAAAGUCACUGUAACUCAAACAAUCAAAAAGGUUUAUCUUGAAAAAGAAAAAUUUAAUGAGAGUGAAGAGGAAUAGCUUGGAGACAUGAUUAGUAUAUUAAACACUCUAAGGCAGGGAGAGGCUGGACGAAAAAAUAAAAGCAAAUCCAUUAGAGAGUGCUCAUUAGGUCAAAGAUGGAAGAUCAGAGCGCGUAAUAUAUGGAGAUAAUGGUGUAAAUUCUUGGGCAAGCAAAUAAUCUGGUCUUUCUUGGUCAGAUAGCAGAUGAUUAUUUUAUCAGCGAUCAAAAUUAAUUUCAUUAACCUACCCUGA